AUGCCUUCGUCUCCUCAUGCCAACCGGCAAGCGCGUCAGGUCGUAUCCAUCGCAAUUGCGCCCGGUGGAGGUGCACUGUUUACAUGCGCCCGGUGUCUCAUCGCAUUUGACCCGUCGGACUCUGUGGUAAUCCAGGGUGCUAUGAGUGGUGAUAUUGCCUUAGGUAUCUUGUUCAAUGGCAAGGUUGUGAAGAAGACGGAGGCACAAAGCCAGCCGGGGGGAUAG